AUGAAGUCCACCGACCCCGUCCGUCCAAGCAGCCGCCGUGCUGCAUCCGGCGCAUGGAACCGCCUCAAGCCCGUCCGAGAAGACCUUCUCGAAAGCUACGGGCUACCCAGCAAAGGCGAGACGCGACUCAACGACUUCAAGACGCAAGAAACCUACCUCAACCGCAUCAUUGAGCGCUACAUGAAACUCUGCGCCCUCAACCGCGAAGAACUCGACCACCUCUUCGCCUCCGCAACCGACACAAAAAACAGCGAAGCAAGCUCCAAACUCACAAGUUCCUUCUCCUCCUUAUCUCUCUCCAAACACGCACCCCCAGAAUACCAGAACACUAAACCACCUACUACAACUACUACCCCUUCCGCCCAGUCCAUUCCACAAAAAGCGUUUGCACCCUCGAUCCAAGAACUAGAAACCGUCCUCUCCUCCCUGCGUAAACUCCGCGAAGCAAUCACAGCAUCGAGCCGCUCCGACGCCUUUGCCCUGCGCGCCUACACCUUCGCCAUCCAUGUCAGCAUCCUGUGCCACGACUGGGCCUCGUAUCUCCCCUCGCUGCUCUCUCUGCUCAACAUAAUCCACCCGCGGAACCCUCUUCCACCAUCUACCCUCCACGAAUUCGUCGGACUCCUGAUCCUCGAUCAAGCGUGUCGCCAGUCGGAUUUCUCGGGCGCCCGCCAGACGAAGCUGCAGUAUGGGUACAAGGACUGGCGGGUUGAAGCCGUGCUGAGAGCCUUGGUUGCGGAUGAUUAUGUGGGGUUUUGGCGUGUGCGCAGGGCGGUGGAUGGAUAUCAGCGGAGCGUUAUGGAGUGGGCGGAUGGCAAUAUGAGGGUGCAUGCGCUCAAGUGUCUAGGAAAGGCGUAUUUGAGUGCGGAUCGACCGUUUGUGGAGAGGGCGACAGAGAGGCGGUGGGAGGAGCUUGUGCAGGAGGGGGUAGGGUGGGAGUUGAGUGCGGAUGGGGAGAAGGUGAUUAUUAAGAAGCCAAAGGGAGCGUGA